CGGAAGCGCCAUGCGAGAAUAUCGGUAGUAAAGAAAAUGUCGGGUGUUUGGAGAAUUUUUCGAGGCCUAACACGAUUGAAAAGUGGCCUCGUAGAUCUAUACUUUGCAGAUUUAAUGAAAUCGAAACCCUAAACAAUGGUCAUGGCGGAUAGGCCGAAAGGGCAAAUCCGAGUUGGAUUUUACGAUAUAGAACGGACUAUCGGCAAGGGAAACUUUGCUGUUGUCAAACUUGCCAAACACCGGAUCACGAAAACAGAGGUGGCCAUUAAGAUCAUCGAUAAGACCCAGCUGGAUGAAGUCAACUUGAAGAAGGUCUACAGAGAGGUUCAGAUCAUGAAGCUCAUCAGCCACAACCACAUCAUCAAGCUCUACCAGGUGAUGGAGACAAAGAACAUGCUGUACCUUGUAUCGGAGUAUGCACCCAAUGGAGAAAUCUUUGAUUACAUCGCCCAAUAUGGUCGGAUGCCAGAGCAAGACGCUAGGAAAAAGUUCUGGCAGAUCUUGUCAGCUGUGGAGUACUGCCACAACAGGAGGAUAGUCCACAGGGACCUCAAGGCUGAGAACCUUCUGCUGGACGCCAACAUGAACAUAAAGAUUGCAGAUUUUGGUUUUGGAAAUUUUUUUGAACCCAAUGAACAGCUGGCCACCUGGUGUGGGAGCCCUCCCUAUGCAGCGCCUGAGGUCUACGAGGGGAAGAAAUAUCUGGGGCCACAGAUUGAUAUUUGGAGCCUGGGUGUUGUCCUCUAUGUCCUGGUAUGUGGGGCGCUGCCAUUUGAUGGCCCCAACCUCCAAGUCCUCAGAGACAGGGUCCUGUCAGGACGGUUCCGUAUUCCUUAUUUCAUGUCCUCAGAAUGUGAACAGCUUAUCCGUCGGAUGCUGGUCCUAGAUCCCACAAAACGCUACAGCAUUGCUCAAAUCCGUGCCCACCGCUGGAUGCAGAUAGACGGGGGCUACCCCCGCUCUGCCCCACCCUCACCUAUCAUCGGCUACAACGCAAGCGUUGGAGAAUUCAACGAACAAAUUCUUCGCAUCAUGCAAAGUUUGGGCAUUGAUCAGAAGAAAACUAUGGAGGCAUUACGCAAAGACGCGUAUGACCACUACACCGCCAUCUAUUACCUCCUGCUGGACAGGUUGCGCCACCACCGAAGUAGUUUCCCCACAGAUUCCAGAGUUGACGCUCGCCGGCGCCGCCCUAGCACCAUAGCCGAGCAGGCCAUGUUACAGAAUAUUCCUGGUCGUCCGUUGAUUGGAUCAACCAAACACGGAGGGUUCUCUCGCACCCUGGACACCCCCAGCGUUGGCACCGUCCUAGUGCCACGGAACUAUCCCCUCAGUGAAGCAGACAUGGUCCCGCCCACGCCAAACGUGGCACUCUGCAUGAGUGAGAUUCUCCCCCAGCCCUUCCUCAAGUCCCCCCAGGGUGGGGCUGUGGCUGGCAGUGUGAUAACAACAUCCAUCGAUGAGGGUGUGGAGGUGGAUAUCCUAGACCGCAGGGACUCUGACGUUGAAUCCAUGAUCGGUGGGGGUGCUGGUUAUCCGUCUCGAUCUCGAGGUUCCCUGUCUGGUUUCUGUACGGGCCAGCGGUCAAGCAUGUCCAGCUGCGGAGGCCAGAGCAGCAUGGUCAGCCUGUCCCCCUGCACCAGCACGGACUCUAGCCUGGGGGUGGACCUGUGCUCCCAGCUGUCCUCGCCCUUCCAGGCAGCAGUCCUGGCCAUGCAGCAGGAGGGGAGCUACAUCAACACCAGCCGUGGGAAGGCCCCCGCGGAGAACAGCCACCAGCAUCUGCUCACCCUGUACCCCAGCUCCAUGUUGAGUCACCUGACCAAUGUCAGCGGGGGAGGGGGAGGUGGACAUCCUCGCCAUGGGCGCUACUCCAUCAGUGGGCCAUCAGGUGGACCCUCGGGUGUGUCUCCGUUCUCAUUGAGGCCAGACAUGGCGCUGGGUGUCAACCAGUUUCUGCAGGUGAAUCAAGAUGAACAGCCGGUGCCAGAGGAAUUUCUACAAGACAGGGCUCAGACCAGGUCUCCAGUCAACUUCAGAGAAGGUCGGCGUGCAUCUGAUGGGCUGGUAGCUCAGGGCAUCAUUGCAUUCAAACAGAAGUUAAAGGAGAGCAUGCGGGCCCAGGGCAUGCUGGAACUGAGACAGGAACAUCAGCAGCUGCAGAACAUGUACAACACCAAACCCACUGAGAGCGUCAGCACCAGCAGUUGUCCCACAACCACCACCACAGUCACCUCAAGCACAGCUGUGACGUCAUCCAAGCCGCCACAGCCCCACCGCAAGCUGUCUGCGCCCCACCAUGGAGGCUUCCGUCAGUGGUCGCUGGACGAACAGUCCCCCCAGCGGCGCCGCCCUCUCAUCAAGAGGAUGAGCCUGCCAUCAGAGACCUUUGACAUCCAGCCACACCGCCUGCUGGCGUUGAAGCAAGCUAUACAGGUAGAAGAGCACCUAGAGAGGGCCAGUAGCCAGGAGAAUGUUGACCAGUCAGUCCAGGCCCCCAGUGGCCUGACCUCUGGGACUGGAGACUUUGUUGACAGCAGCCAACAGAGGCUGCAGCAGAAGAGGCAGACCUUCCAGAAACAUGGCCAGUUGGCCCAGCAGUUCCAGCAGCUUAAUCUCAAGCCUGGCGCCACUCCCACUUUUGCUGCUGUUCAGAUGGUGCCAGGCUACUUUGCUCAAGCCAUGACUCAGCAGUUCCAGGAUCAAGCUCCAGGACAAGUCUCAAUGGAUCAGAACUGUCUCACACAAAACUGUCAACUCCAGGAUCAUGGCGUCACUGACACCAGUUUUAGCCAGUCGACACAGAUGACAGUGCCAACUAUGGUCAAGGCCCAGACGGAGGCCAACAACUGGCCCCUCCAGGCCAUGGCCGCCCAACCUUUUCACCCUAUGAACCCACUGACCCAGGCCAACAUGAGCCCUUCAGUAUUGGACCCCGGCUCACACGGGGCGCCCUCUAGUACUUACAUGGCACAGACUUACGACACCAGCCACGGCGCCGAGCCAGAGACUGGCGCCCAGGAUUCUUUCCCCAGCCUGUUCCAGCAGAGGAUGGCCAUGUCCUCCUUCACGCACCAGCCCAUUGGGGAACAGCUGCAGCAGCUGGUCGUCAGGUCCCACCCCGGACUGGCCCCAGCCUAUGAUCAGAUCCUGCUGCAUAGUGACAAUCCCCUGGUGCCAUUUUCUGUGGCCUACAGGGAGGUGAUCUGUGAUGGUGCCGUCAGCUCCAACAGCUGCUGCGCCACAAGCUGUAACCCUUCCUAUGUUGACUCCAGCAAUAGUAGCCCUUCAGCAAUCUACCCCGCCCGUUACGAACCCACCCCUUGUUUUGUUGCAGACAACUCAAAGACUCCGGAACUCUCUGAUCCCUGCUCACAGACUGGUAUUUCAUGGCUUUCCUCCCCUUCUCCGUCCUACACGACCGAGCCAGACAGUCACUCCCAACAGAUGACCAAGAGUGACCUUGGCUUUCAGCGUGCUGAAGCUCCCCCUCAAGAUCACACAGGAAGUACCACGGUAAACAACGACCUAGACCAGAUGUAUGACCUGACCUCACCCAAAAUGUCUUCGGCCCGCUCCGCUCACAUGCAGCGCCAGUCGUUUGCCAGCAGACGUGAGGAAAGUUCCAUCGAAGCGGAAGAUCUGCCCACCCCCACACAGUGGCAGCGGAGGACUGGGGUUUUCAUGGCUGUGCACCCUUUUCAGAAUGAGAACACGUUUCCUUUUGUCUCUGGUGCUACCACAUCCUCUGUGACGUCACUCCCUCCCUCCACUGUGACAUCUUACCCUCCCUCGACUGUGACAUCGUACCCUCCCUCGACUGUGACAUCUUACCCUCCCUCCUCUCACUCCCCAACUACCUGGCUGUCUGAUCACACCAGCGCCCACCCCUCCUCCCCCCACCCUACCAACCCAAUGUCUGACCUGUACCCACAGUUCCAGUACCCCGUCUCCCCCCACCACCCUGGGGCUGACGGCCAGUUCUGUCAAUCAAACUUGGCCAGCGAGGGCCGCACGGGUAUGUUGUCAUGGGGUCAGAGUGAGGAACAGAUGGACUUGAGUUGACCCCUGUCUGUAGCUAACAGGAGUUGACCCCUGUCUGAAACCAACAGGAGUUGACCCCAGUCUGUAGCCAACAGGAGUUGACCCUGGUCAUAGCUUGUCUCAAUGGUGACCUGAUAUCUGCCAGAGUUGACCCUGGUCAUAGCUUGUCUCAAUGGUGACCUGAUAUCUGCCAGAGUUGACCCUGGUCAUAGCUUGUCUCAAUGGUGACCUGAUAUCUGCCAGAGUUGACCCUGGUCAUAGCUUGUCUCAAUGA